CCAGGACCGCAUGCAGCCCAAGGCGCUGCAGUCUCUGAAGAAGGCCCUGCAGCCGGCCGUGAGCGGCGUCGCGCUGAGCUGGGACCUGCCCCCCGGGAUGGAGGCGGCGCUGAUGGGCCCGGCCCCCGAGGUGAUCUUCUCCGGGCAGCGGUGCCUGGUCUACGCCCAGCUCCGUGGGCAGCCCCAGCCCCCAGGCGCAGCCGUGGGGGGCGUGACGCUGCAGUACCGCAUCCAGGAGCAGAGCUACAAGGAGACGCUGCCGUUCCCCCUGCAGCCGCAGGCUGGAGACAGCAUCCCACAGCGCCUCUGGGGACGGCCGCAACACAAUGGCAGCAAGAGCUCCGACCCGGGGGCCCUGCCAGAGCCUGCACCCCAGAAAGACCAGGCAACGGAGGAGUCUCCCCUGCUGAGGCUGGUGUCCCUGCAGAACGCCGAUGGCUCCUGGGACUUCGGGCCCCAGCUGGUUGUCGCGCUGGGGGUGAGUGAGACAGACGCCAGAGGGAGGAUGCCCAGUGAGGACGUGGUCCCUGGCGUCUGGGCCACGGUGCUGGCCGUGGUCUGGCUGCACGGCCGGGCCGCGGGGCAGCGCGACGAGUGGGAGCUGCUGGAGGCAAAAGCUGUGGUCUGGGUGCAGGAUCGAGCAGGGCCCUGGCUGAGCGAGUGCCUGGAAGCCGCCAAUGCUUUGCUGGGCUGCAGUGUGGGCCCUGCCGUCUUUGGGCUCUGACCUCCCAGGGAUCCCUGCACCCACAAGCUACCCUGGGCCAUCAAGUGGGGGCCCUGAGGCCAGCAGUGGGCACUGGGUGCAGCCUCAGCCCAGCCUGGAGCUAACUCCCAGCAUGGAUCCCACCGCUGCCACCAAUUAGAAUUCAUGAGUCUCCUGCUACCGGCAGUGG